UUGAGACCAAAGAGAUUAUGUUGUCAUCAUCUGCCUUUUCUUUUCCUUUCCCUUCCUUGAUAUCUUCUCCAAAAUCUCUUCAUUUUUCUAUGCCAAAUCUUGAAUAGUCGAACAAAGAGAGAUGGAAGAGUUGGGAGAUCGAUCUCCGGCUGACCAUGUUUCAAACUAUAGACGUAGCUGGCCAGAGAUGUCGCCGGAGAUCGUGGAGAUAAUCGAAGAAAGCAGCUGCAGGGAUAUUAACAAGAAUGGAAAAAAAGAUGUUUAUGUAGCUGUGGGGAAAGAUGGACUAGAUGUUCUCAAAUGGGUCCUUAAUAAUCAACUUGUUGUCUCUUCUUCAACUCGAAUCUUCCUAGUUCAUGUUUUCCCACCCCUCACAUACAUCCCAACUCCAGUUGGAAGACUAUCGAGAAGUCAAUUAACUGAAGAACAGGUGAGGGUUUAUGUUAACGAAGAUAAUAACCGGCGGAGGAACAUUUUGCAGAAAUACAUUCAAUUGUGUAACGAUGCUAAGGUGAUGGUUGAUACUGUAUUGGUGGAGAGUAAUUCAACUGCGAAAGCUAUUAUUGAUCUCAUUUCUAUCCUCGAGAUUACCUAUCUUGUCAUGGGAUCCAAACGACCACCAUCUUCGAGGCUGUUGAUGAAUGGAGUGGGAAAAGGGGAUUUUGUUAAGAAAAAUGCGCCGGACUUUUGUGAGGUCGCGAUCGUCCACAAAGGUGAGAAGCGACAGGAAGGUCGCCGGAGAAACAGCGUGGACCGGCGACAGCAACCAGAGAGGAAGUUCUUUGAUUGUAUAUCAUGCUUUUCAGGCAAAUAAAACUAACAGAAGCUCUACAUGAUAAACAUUAAAAAUGGAAGGGAGGAUCAUAUUUAUGUAAUCAUGGAAACCCUCUUCCAUUCAAUAAUUUUAAUUAAAAUGUCUUAACAAUUACUCUUAUUUAAUUAAACUAUUGAAAGUUAUAUGAAUGAUA